UUCUAUCUUUUCAGCUUCAAUAGUUCCACUUUGGCCCGCUCGUCAAGAUGUUGUCCGCCGCCUUGAGAGGCGCGCCUGCUGCCAUAGGUAGCCAACCAUGUCCAGUGCAGCCCAGGGUGCCGCCUGUGCUGCAGUCGCAGCCCGUGUCGCGGGCGUUGGCUUCAAGUUACUCUUCGCUUGUGGACGAGCCUAUUUUUGAGUCUCCGAGGGUGCAAGGGUUGGGCAUUCCGCUGCAAUCUUGCCCAAGUCUUCCUAUGGAAGGGGACGUGGAUGUGGAUGCUAGCAGCUCUGGCGAUGAGCUUGAAGGAGAUGUAUUUGGAGCAGGCGGAGAUUUGGACGAUGGGCCUUCGGCCAGUUCUAGCCAGACGCAACAUGCCCACCAUUUAAGUCUCAGUACGCCAAAUGCUGCUGGUCCCAUGGCAUCUUCUGUUGCAACCUCGACGGUGCCCAUUUUGCUGAGUGUUGGACCGUCCGGAGAAUUCACAAUCGGCAGAGCAGCGAUGCCCACGAAGGGCAGCAUGAGCGACUUGCAAGAGGAGCUGGAGCAGCUGACGUCGUUCAACGCAGGGCGCGGCUCUCGUCCCAUCGGCAUCCCGCGGACAGGGUUGUUCGCACCCUCUACGUACCACCCCGCGACGGGCGCCUUCAUGCAGGGCUUUGUGCCCCCCCACGAGCUUGCUGCUGCGUCCGUUCAAGAGUCUGACCCCAUGGCUGCCCACAGCCACCGCCAUAAGAGCAUCGCUGAGCGGUUGCGUACGGCGGUGUUUGAGCAGACUGGUCAUAUGAGCCUCACGACAGCCGCGGCCUUCCUGCAGCCCGGGGUCUUGCCAGCCCAAGGGGCAGUAAAGCCACAUGAGCAUCCUUAG